CAACACCGCCUCGGAUAUUCAAUACUGGACAUAAUUUUUACCAUACACGGAAUUUAAACAGCGAAGCUGAGUACCGGUGGCGUUGCAUACAGGCAGAUGAUAGGGAUCUCGCUUAUGAACCGGGUCCUCUCCACCUUUGAGAGCGGGGAGCCGAUGAUCGCGGGAUUUAGUGUAUUCGAAUGUGGAUAUUGAGUCAUAGCAACAUCUGUUAACUAUUCUGUCCGGGAACGUCUGUCGUUAAUCGAAAGACCCAGGCCAUUAAAAGGAAGAAAAGGGGAAAAAAGAAAACGCACUUGAAAUAUAAAACAUGGAGCCUCGAGUCGGGGUAGGCGUGUUUGUCAUCAACAGGGACGGAAAAUUUGUUCUAGGGGUAAGGAAAGGCAGCACUGGUUCAGGGACGUGGGCUCUCCCCGGGGGACACCUUGAGUUUGGGGAGACAUUCGAAGAAUGUGCUGCUCGUGAGAUCCUUGAAGAAACAGGGCUUGCUCUGAAAGACCUACAGUUUUUAACUGCAACGAACAAUGUAAUGAAGGCGGAGAACAAGCAUUAUAUCACGGUUUUUAUGGGCGCUACUGUUGUUGGAGACAAUCCGAAGCCACAGUUGCUGGAGCCAGAAAAGUGCGAAGGGUGGGAAUGGGCAUCGUGGGAUGAUAUCUGCUCUAUGCACGAAGCGGAAGCUCGGGCUGCGGACAGUCAGAACUACGAGGGAAAGCGGUUAUUUCUCCCUCUCACGAGUAUCUUUCAACAGAGACCCGGGUUUAAUCCUAUACAGCAAUACUUAACUAGGCAAGGGAAUUGACCCAUUGACGAGUCUGCGAUUGAACUUAUAUCAAGGAUAAGACACGCGAUUGUCUUCCUAUUUCGUUCUUCGUCAUAUCUUCUGGAGCGAAGCUCGCUGAGCUUGAAUUCUCUAGCAACUAGCUCAGCCUAUUUAUCUCUGUGGAUGAAGCUAGAAAGGCGUGGAAGAAACCCGACAAGAGGACUGCCUGUAGCCAGGCUCCGACAUAUCUCACUACUACUUUGAUAAACUCUUCCUUACGAGAUUAGACCUUCCAUAUUCAGUUUUCUAUACCUGUACAUAGACUGUUUUCUGAGGAGAGGCUUUGUCUAUUAAUAGAUCCA